CAAUACUCACUCACUCGCCCCACCCUCCCGACCCUCCUUCGCUUCACCACCCACUGAAUGAAUCCCUCCCUUCUCCCCUCCCCUUUCCUGGAUUAGUACUACUGUUCUCGCACUGUUGCCGAAACAUCUGCCCACUCCGUUCAAUGUUUACCGUUGUCAGCGGACGGUUCGAGGGAGGAUAGUUCUAGUUCUAUCCACCCCGGUGUCGAUGGAGUUGGUCGUGGAGUUAUCGGGCUGCGAGCGAGCAUGCUGUUGGUGGUGUUGUUUCUUUCUCCCCCCCAAUCCCCAGGGUGAGGGUCUGGUGUGUGUGAGUUGAGAGGUGUAUUUGGGACCGUUGUGGUUCAAUUCGUGCUGGUGGGGAUGAUAUAGAUCUGUGGACCGGGGGUGGUAAUAAGCAUGGCGGGAGUGGGAGUUGGGGAUAAUUGUGGACAGAGAUUUGUUGUUGGAGGUGCCUGCGCGUUCCCGCGUAACGUUUGAUCUCCUGUGCGUUUGCGGUUUGGAGAUCAGUGUGGAGAAUGGCGGCUCAUGAUGGUUCGUGUCCUGUGGGCCUCACUCCCACAUCGUCUGGGGUGUCAGACUGCCUCUCAUCCUCGGACCGCACGGUGGAGAUGAUUCAGAGUGAGGAACUGAGCACAGCACUGCGCAUCAACUUUAGCAUGGAUCUGGUUUUCGCUGCCAAGCGUCAGUUGGGGUUUCUCCGCACCAUUGAUAGCUUGCCCUGCCUGCACAAGGGACCAAUGGUUCUUCGUGCUAUACGCAGGUAUCAAAAAUUUUGGAUGCCUUUGGUAGCAGACUCUCUCAAGUUCGAUGCGCUGUUGAACGUCGAUUCAACAGGGAAAAGUCUUUUGCCACCAUUGGAUGUACAGUGGAUAUGGCACUGCCAUCGCUUGAAUCCGGUGGUGUACAGGAGGUAUUGCAUUGCAAAGUUUGGCAGGGUAAUUGAUUGCCCGAUUUUUCCCGACGUUGCUAGCGAGAGCUUGGCAACAGAAAGGUGCAAGAGACUGUGGACAAUUGUCUAUCUCAAAGAGCCUUACGACGUUAUGUCCACUUUCUACAAAUUUCCAGGGAGUACCAGUGGUUCCGGUCAAGUUUGUCCCGUUGAUGAUAUCGAUGGCUUGGAGGAGCUCAUUGCUGCCGUUACCAAACAAAGCAGUUUCUAUUACUACGUUUCGCAGUCUUACAUGUGGGAAGACAGCUCCUUGCAAGCUGCAGCUGAUAGAUAUAAGUGUUUCUUGCAUUUACUGUACAAAUCAAAAGGAAGGAUCACCUGCGUCCCGACUUUUGACAUUGAUCUGAUUUGGCACGCACAUCAGCUUUCACCGGUGUCUUACGCGAAGGAUACGAAAGCUUUGUUAGGAUGUAUUGCGGAUCACGACGGCACCUUAGCCGAAAGAGGUCCUGGAUCUAAAUUGGAGAAAGAUUUCGAAGACACAGCGAAGCUUUGGGAGAGUACUUAUGGUCUCUCAUACGAAAGGGCGGGGUGUAUGUAUCGCAACACCAAGCCUGUAAAUGUACCACCUCCUCCCGUCUCGGAUAUCAGAACUAGCUUCGUAAUUGAAAGACCCCCAUCCAUUUUACCGUGGGAUUACCGCAUGGCUGACCACAAUCCCACCAAGUAUCCCAUUCUCACUCCACGACACGUCCUACAGGUUUGCAUCUUGAUCAAGUGUACCACGGCUAUGGUGCCAAAUGGUAGAGAGGGUGGGGAUCUGUUCGUAAGGCUGAGAACGUUGGAUGCAUACACGUUACUGAAGAUAGAGGCCCCCGUGCUUCCUUUUUCACACGAAACCCAAUGGCAGAAACUAUGGGUUCUCCAAUGUGAGACCAAGACCAAAGGCAUGGUGCUUGAACUACGCUACCACGUCGAAGGAUGCAUGAGGACGUUCCGCAAAACAAAAUGCAUAGGUCGUGCGAAACUUACUUGGCAUGAACUUCAGAAGGCGCCGAUGCUCUACCACGAUGUCAUGUUUCCCCUGUCGGCGAAACGGUUUAACUCGCCCGAAAGCAAGCAAUCCUGCCAAGUUGGGCUUGAAGUGUCGAUCACUCCACCAGUACAGGCAGCAUACCUGUUGAAAUCCGUUCCAGACCGAGUUACGGAUGAUUCGGGGGCCAUGCUAUCCAGCGUGAUAUUGCGCAGGAGGCACAAUGAACCACAAUCUGGGCGAUGGAUCUCACGAACUGUCCUCAACCACGCUGGGAAAGAGACUUUUGUGAUCCGCAUUCGGGCUGCGAAAGGAGCAUGGACUAGUCGUGGCGAUCGGCCAGUGGGUGUGGAUUGGAACGAGCGGGUCAUCAACGUGCAUGGAGGAGGUUGGAAUUAUGUCUCCAACCACGUUGGUACUUCCCCCGAGAAAAUUGUAGGGAGUGCAGUGCCUUUGGCCCAUGAACUGGAAGAAUACAAACUUAGCUGGGCGCUUUCUACCGGAGACACGUUGAUAGUUUCGAGACAACUGAGUGAUAUCAACUGGGAACGCCAUCUUGAAUUCACCCUGAAAACCUCUGGUCGUGGAGCAGGCUUGGCACGACUGGUGAACGGUCGCAAGCAACAGUACGAAGUGCCGAACGCUUCCCCUCAGGAAGAGGAGGGUUUCGUCACACUCAUCCGGUAUGGGCCGCACACUCCUCAAGGAAAAGCAACUGCUCUCUUCAACUUCAGGAUCUCGGCGAUGGAAGUUGUCCCAGAGGAAGAUGUGGUUCUCGUGCUGCUCCUCUGCACGGCUACAAUGCGAUCUAUUGCUGAUUUUGGGGGCUUGUCUGCUGGAAACGAUUACACCCGGCGACGAAUGAAAGAGAAUGCUCUUGGAUCCAAGGAUUGGGGAUCUGUCGUUCUAGAAAACACCACCUGCCACUCCCAUUUGGCCCAUUGGCACUGGAAUGGUGGCCAUAUCGGAGAAGAAGAGGAGGUUGAUUGUGAGAAUCAUUCAGGUGUGAUUAACUCCACGCCGGAUUGGAGCGGUUGUGAUACAUUGGUAUCAACCUCGAGCCGAAUAAUGCCAACCCAGCCACCAACAGCAGCAGCGGCAGCUUCAUCUGCUGACAAAGUAGUUGGAGGAAGAGUCGACUUCGUUCAGAGAGCUGGCAGCUCGCAAAUGAAUCACCACAUCAAUCACUCGAAGAGGCCAACAUCUAUUCCAUAAGUACUCUGUAUCAUAUUCGGAUAUUGUGGCACUCCGUUUUUUCCAUUCUAUCUGUCCGCGUCAUUCCUUUACUGGUUCGGUAAACUUGCACUUCAACACCAGCUCCUGCAGAAGAGACACACAAAACUGGAUUCCCCUCAUGUACAUUGAUUGGGUGGGAUUCAGCUGUUGGCACGACGACGCUUUUUCUACAAUGAUCCAUGGGUAGAGCUGUAGUUGGGAUCAUCUGUAAUGUAAAUUCGUAGGGAGUAGAGGGCUGGAAAUGAUGGGUCAAUUGUCAAGCCCUUCACCACUCACCUCAUUUUUAUGAAAUUCAUCAAAAUCGCGUAGAGAAUAUUAUUAUCGGUAAAUUAAACACCAGCAGUUAAUAUCACAUUCAGCUGGCAGGUUAUACGCGCAUUAUGUCAGGUAACUAGAGUAGAUUAUAUGGACAGUGAAAUCAAGGUGACUAGUCUUUUUUCACCACUCGAGAAUUUGAUUGAUUGAAUGCUGGCAUUCAGGUUUAAAUAAAUUAAGAGAAAUUGUCAUUCAGAAGACAACUCAAAA